GAAACAGAAUACUACAAAAGAUUGGGUGUUGAACCAACAUGUACUCCAGAGGAGUUGAAGAAAGCAUACAGGAAGAUGGCUAUUAAAUAUCAUCCAGACAAGAAUCAAGGUAACAAAGAGGCUGAGGAGAAGUUCAAAGAAAUAAGUGAAGCCUAUGAUAUCUUGAGUGAUCCAGACAAGAGGAAGAUGUAUGAUCAGUACGGUACCCAAGGUGUGAGGGAGGGUGGAUUCGCACAACAUUCUGCAGAGGACAUCUUCUCCCAGUUCUUCAAUAUGGGAGGUUUCCAGAACAUGGGCGACGAUGAAGCUGCAGAGUUUGGAGGCUUCAGUGGUUUCUCAAACUUGUUUGGUAACAAGAGAGCUAGAGCAGCCAAGGGUGAGGACAUUGUACAUGAGUCAAAUAGAACUCUGGAGGAGCUGUACAAUGGAAAGUUGGUCAAGUUAUCAAUCAACAGAGACACUGUAUGCAGAACUUGUAGUGGUUCUGGUAGCAACAAGCCAGGUGUUACAUCGACAUGUCCGAAAUGUAAAGGUAAAAAGGUGAUCUAUGUAACUCAACAGCGAGGACCAAUGAUGACACAGUCCCAAGCAAAGUGUCCAGAAUGUCAUGGCACUGGUGACAAGAUUGCAGAGGCAGACAAGUGUAAGACCUGUCAUGGAAAGAAGUUGGAGGUCACACAAAAGAUUGUACAGGUACAAGUAGAGAAGGGAUCAAGAGAUGGACAAAAGAUAGUGCUGGAGGGACAAGGUUCUGAAAUGCCUGGAGCAGCAGCUGGUGAUGUUAUAAUAGUGAUUAGAGAGAAACCUCAUCAUCUGUUCACAAGGAGAGGUGACGAUUUGAUGAUGAAGAAGUCGAUAAAGCUUUUGGACUCUUUGGUGGGUGCUUCAUUCCUUGUUCCCUCAAUCAGCGGCAAGAAGCUUUGGGUCAACAUCAAGAAGGGAGAGUGCAUCAAGCCUGGAGAGAUCCGUGCCAUUGUCGGUGAGGGAAUGCCACACUACAAACGGGACACGCACAAGGGUAACCUCAUCAUUGAGUUUGAUGUGGAAUACCCUAGUCAUCUCUCAGAUGAAGCCAUUCACAAAUUGGAAAGCGUACUGCCCAAGUCAUCAACUCCCACGGCCAACAAGAGUGAGUGCAAAGAGGUGUCCCUGAACAAGGUUAAACCAAUGCACCAUUCAGGAGGUGCCUAUGACGAGGACUUUGAUAGAGGUCAAAUACCUCCAGGUGUCAAUCCAGCAAACUGUCAACAA